GGCUGGUGAUGCGCCGGGAGCGCGCUGAGGUGUGGGGUGCCGCAGCGUGGCUUGAGAAGUUGUCCUGACAGUUGUUUGAAAUGCAUCGCUUGUUCAGUACUCUGAGUCACGGGCAAUUAUUAAGCGGUUGCUUAGUAUGCCUUUAAAUUUUAGGGACGUGUGAGCUCUGGGAAGCUAGUUUAUUUGGAAGUGGUGCCGGAUUUCUAACCCGUGUUACUAAACUCUGAGGAAACAGCAAGGGAUCAAGCUUGCUUUCAUAGAGCUCAUAAGUUGUCUGUGUUUCGUCUGUAUCUGUUGUUUGCAUUUGCAUCUUUGCAUCUAUUUUUAUACAACUUCUGCAUGCUCUAGAUGCGCACUUUGCAGAUGGUGGUUUUUACAGGCACCGGUGAGGGCUGGUUGUCUGCAUGAAAAUACUAGCUGAGGGGUUAGUUGCGCUGGAUAAAGAGCGGUGCCCCUUGGGAAGAAGGGUAUGUGAAUAGGGUUGAAUUCUGACAAAAGUUAUUGUGGGAGCAGUCUCACAGGCAGCAGUCAUGCAGCACAGCCCGAACCCCUAAGAAAACUGCCCAGGGAGAAGGACAACCUAGGGAGCUGUAGCCAGGGUAUCUCAUCUGGCCUGAACUGCUCUGAUUAUUAACUGGAAAAUAACACUUCUGAAACAGAAUGUGGCUUACCUUUUGCCUGAAAAGGUGAAGUCUUUUCAAAUAGAAAUGGCUGAUAAAGGUGGGAAGAUCCUUCCAGGACAAUUGUACAUUGAAGUGGAAUACGACUAUGAGUAUGAGGCCAAGGACAAGAAAAUUGUGAUUAAGCAAGGGGAGAAAUACAUCUUAGUGAAAAAGACUAACGAUGAUUGGUGGCAAGUCAAGAGAGAUGAAAAUUCCAAACCCUUUUAUGUGCCAGCACAGUAUGUGAAGGAAAUACCACGAAAAGCGCUGAUGCCACCUGUUAAGCAGGCAAGCAUGCUGCCAAAUAAUGCUUUGAAGUUGACACAUGGAUUACAGAGAUCAACAGAAAAUGUGAAUAAGUCACCAGAGCUUUCUAGUUUUGGAAAAUCUUCUCCAGUUCAAGUGUCUUGCUUAGUUCGAGAUGCCAAUCAAAAUCUGGGACCGAACAAUAGCCCCGGUCAAACUCUUGGUUUGAGUCUGGACCUUACCCAAAACAAUGGAAAACUUAACAAUGAGUUGCAAUCUCCCAAGGUUUCCAAUCAGUAUAGAACCGUCUCCAUGGGUCAUUUCCCAUGUCCAGAGUUCUUGGAAAUAGAGAAGACCAGCUUUUUGCAUGAACAAUCUUGUGAUUCAGCAGGAGAAGGCUCAGAAAAAAUUCACCAAGAUUCAGAGUCUGGAGAUGAACUCAGCAGUAGCUCCACAGAGCAAGUGCAGCCAACUACUCCACCAAGCCAAGGGAGGCCUGAUUCACCAGUUUAUGCUAAUUUACAAGAACUGAAAAUAUCUCAGUCUGCACUUCCACCACUACCUACAAGUGCUCCGGUCCAAAUAAAUGGGGAAUGGGAAACCCAUAAAGAUACGACAGGACGCUGUUAUUACUACAACAGAGGAUCACAGGAACGAACCUGGAAACCUCCACGGUGGGCCCGAGAUGCAAGCAUUAAUAAAGGGGAUUCCCAGAGCCAUGCAGAUCAUGAGCAUCUUUCAUCAGAAGAAAACGACCACAGUUCUUGUUACAGCCAGUCAGAUAGUCAGUAUGGUUCUCCUCCAAAGGGUUGGUCAGAAGAGUUGGAUGAACAUGGUCAAACCUUAUAUACCAAUGACUAUACUAAUGAAAAGUGGAUAAAACACGCAGAUGAACAAGGUAGACCAUACUACUACAGCGCUGAUGGUUCCCGAUCAGAAUGGGAGUUACCUAAGUAUAAUGCUUCACCACAGCAGCAGAGAGAUAUAAUAAAGAGUAGGAGUCUGGACAGGAGGCUACAAGAACCAAUAGUUUUAACAAAAUGGAGGCACAGCACGAUUGUGUUGGACACCAAUGAUAAGGAAUCAUCAACUGCUUCUAAGGCCAGUUUUCCUGAAAAUGAGUCGUCUCCUUCUUCACCAAAGCAUCAAGCCACAGGUCAAGAGAAGUAUGGGUUGUUGAAUGUGACAAAAAUUACAGAAAAUGGGAAAAAAGUUCGAAAGAAUUGGAUGUCAUCAUGGGCAGUGUUACAAGGUUCAUCACUGCUGUUCACUAAAACCCAAGGAAGUGGAACUGGCUGGAAGUUUGGUGUCAAUCAGUCUAAGCCAGAAUUUACAGUGGAUCUCAAAGGGGCGUUGAUUGACUGGGCCUCAAAGGACAAAUCCAGCAAAAAGAAUGUUAUUGAGCUAAAAACCCGCCAAGGAACUGAGCUCUUAAUUCAAUCUGAUAAUGACAGCUUUAUUAACGAAUGGUAUAAAGUUCUUAACUAUACCAUCAACAAUCAGGUAGUAGAGUCUGAUGAAGCAUUAGAAGAUGAUGUACCAGAUUCCCCUGGGGUGGAAAAACAAGACAAAGAGAAAGAGAAUAAAGACUCUAAGAAACUUCGUUCAGUGAAAGCACCUAGCAAUGUAGAUACCACAGAUCAGAAAAAGACCAAAACGAAGCUCAAGAAGUUUCUUACACGGCGCCCUACGUUACAAGCUGUUCGUGAAAAAGGAUACAUUAAGGAUCAAGUGUUUGGUUCCAAUCUCACCAGCUUGUGUCAAAGAGAAAACAGCACGGUGCCAAAGUUCGUGAAGCUGUGCAUUGAGCAUGUUGAGGAACAUGGAUUAGAUGUUGAUGGCUUAUACCGAGUUAGUGGCAAUCUUGCAGUGAUACAGAAGCUAAGAUUUGCAGUCAAUCAUGAUGAGAAACUAGACUUGAAUGACAGUAAAUGGGAAGAUAUACAUGUCAUCACAGGAGCUCUAAAGAUGUUUUUCAGAGAAUUGCCAGAGCCGCUCUUCACUUAUAAUCACUUCAAUGACUUUGUCAAUGCAAUUAAACAAGAACCAAGGCAGCGUGUCCAUGCUGUUAAAGAUUUAAUCAAACAGUUGCCAAAACCAAAUCAGGACACUAUGCAGGUACUCUUUAGACACCUGAAGAGAGUUGUAGAAAAUGGAGAAAAGAACCGAAUGACCUAUCAAAGUGUAGCAAUAGUUUUUGGUCCAACCUUAUUAAAACCAGAGAAAGAGACUGGUAACAUAGCAGUCCACACAGUAUACCAGAAUCAGAUUGUGGAAUUAAUUCUACUGGAAUUAAAUUCCAUCUUUGGACGCUGACAUUUUUCUGGGAGUAGAAACUGGAAGUGAUGGGUUGGCAGCAGUACUCCAUCAGAAGGAAAAUCUCUCACUGUACAUGAUGUAUUAUGUUUGUGGACCAAGCAGCAACUUGUUUUUUGCACUUUUGGGGAAGGGAGAAGCAGGAGAAAUGUUUGACCACUUUAAUGCGAAUUAAAGACAACACUCUGGAUUUCUUUGAAAAGUUCAAUGUAAAAAGUGAAUUGAAAAGUUUAUAGUUUGCCUUUUUUAAAGUAGCAUUGGAAAAAUGUAAUAUAGGUUCAUACACUGGAUUUCCUGGAGAGUAAAGCUAUUAAUCUCAAACUGGAUAAUCUGGAAUUUAAUCUUAAAAUUCUUCCACUUGAUAGGGAAAAGUCCUACCAACUGGUAUGGAAAAAUUCAGUGAAGUUGCAUCUUAAGCUUGUGUAUUACAACCUACUCAGAUCUGUAUGACACUUUUCCAAGGGGUUUCUGCAUGCAGUGACUGUCUUAAACUUGUGCUAACAGUUUGGUUUAGUUAGUCAAAUCUAAUUCUUCACUUGAUAUCUGCUGUCCUUUUUCCUUUUUUUUUUUUUCCUCCCCUUUUUCUUUUUUUCUUUCCAUUUUUUUCCCCAGCAACCUUUCUGGAACUUCUUAGUUGCUUUAUAGAACAGCACACUACUUCAAACACUGAACUUGUGAGAAGAUCUAGCAACGGAUAUUUGUCUUGUGGCAUAAUAGAAGUCAUAUUUAAUAAACAUGUUCAUUUUUUCUGGUUAUUUCCUGAGCUAAGUUUUGUGUUAUACUGAUUUAAAGCUAAAAUCCUAAGUAAAUACCAACUGUAACACUGUAUUGAGUUCUUGGUAUAAUGCUGUGGUAGUGGAAGUUUCUUGAUGUAAAUACAGGCUGUCCUUUUGAUUCUUGUAUAUAAUUCAGUUCCUGUAUAGUUCAAGAAUACUUCAGUCACACAUUUCUAAUCAUGGGUAGAUUAGCUACAGUAGCAUAAUGUUUCCAGUGGAUGUCUGGGUUUCAGCAGGGAAACAGGUUAUGGGGAGGGAGGGGGGGACCUAACUGUGUGCACUUUUAGAUGUUAAUUACAUUUGCAGACAAAUAACUGUAAUGCAAAUGGUACUGGAGAAAUACUGAGUGUGCUUGCUAAAUUGUUAAUGCACUACAAGAGGAGCCUUUUAGGUUAUUUAAUAUGUACAGGAUACAUUAGAAAAAUGUAUUAAGAAUUCUAACAUCUACAAAUAGUGAAACUCAUGUUUUGAUAGGUAGAUGUUUGAUGGAAUCCAUGAUGCUAAAUUUAAGAUUUUCUUUUUACAUUAAUGUAGAAUAAUAUUUGUAAAAUUGGUUUUGAAAGAUUUUGUUACAGGGAGCAUGGUCUGCUGAAGAUUUUUUUAAAUGUAUUUUUCUAGACUAACUGCUGUAUCUGACAUAUUUGUUAUGUCUAACCUGAAUAAAUGAACCCGUUAGUUCUUUUAGAGUUUGCCACUCUGGCUUCAGACAACAUGAACCCCCUUUAAAUAAUAAGACCGACAUAUCUUACCGCUUAGCAUGGAUACUACUUGUGGCAAAGAGUUGUCAUGCUGGAUUAAAAGACAGAUGCUUACUUUACAACCUGAUGAUUUUAGGAACUUCUAAUCCUUUUCUUUUUAACAACUUAAAUUCUACCGUAAGAUUCAGAGAGGGCAGAAGUAAUUUAUGGAUAUAAAUUUAUGGUCUUUAAAAUGUAUCCCAACUUACUUGGAACCUACUGUACAGAAAGAUACAUUGGGGAAUUAAUUGUAUUUCGCCUUUGAUCUGUUGUAUACCUUUCACAACACAGUUCUGGCUUACAGCAAAGGGGAUGUGUGGUGAAGUACUGAGGUGUAAUCAGAUGAAUGGUACGAGAAUUUCAUGAGCAUAGGGCUUACACGAAAAGUCUUUGGAGAUAAAAGAGAAGAUGAGUUACUUUGUGGCUUUCUCACUGUCUUCUUGUGGUAAUGGUGAAGUCUUGUGGUUUGUUGCAAAGCAACCUGGGUGAGAAUUGUGAAAGCUCCAUCUCUUGUGUUGUUGUCAGCCUCCUGGUAGGUUGUCAAACCAGAGCAGUGCUGAGUGGCAGGUGUGCCCCAAGCUACUAGAAAAUAUCAACAAAGUUGAAAUCUGUUGCUGUAGAUUAUUCAGAUCCCAACUUCAGCUGUAAAAUAAAAAAGAAUUCCCACUGCUAAAUGAGAGGGCCUCUCCAGAGGUCACCUUUUCUUUUCUGUAUGAGUGUUACGUUUUUCAAAGAAUACCUUUUUAAAACAGUUUGAUAAUGAGGAUGUCACACUUUUCCUUGUAUUUCCCCCAAAUAAAGCAUUUUGUUAUUACAA